ACCACUUUUUAAUUUGAUCAAAUAUCAUGAGUCAUUACGCAAGAUUACGUAGAUGUAAAAAAUUACCUAAGUAUAAAAAAACAUGUUGGAAAAAAUCUAAGGUUGAAAGUCAAAUUUUACCACGUGCCUCUAACAAAAUGGAUAACCAGAAAUACUAUCAUGAUGAUGCCAAAAAAACGACGAUUGAUUUUGUUAAUGUUGAUUGCCUGAUUGAAAUAUUCAUGUAUCUGCCGGUACCUGAAAGACCAAAAAUUGCUUUGGUAUGCAAGAAAUGGAAAAAAGCUCUCGAUUAUUGUUGGUCGAAUGUAAACAAACUUGAACUAACUCAUUGGGAAUAUAAUGAGUGUCCAAGUUAUUUAAAAAAAUAUCCAACAAUCGAUGGACAAUUUAAUUUUUUAAGUUUGCUGCUUGAUAAAUGUGGUCGUUAUUUAACAGAAUUAGAUUUAACAGCCCAUAAUCAUUGUAAUAUAGUACCAGUUAUAAAUGAAUCUUGUCCAAAUCUUGUAAAACUCCGGUUAAGAUUCAAGUAUAAUAUUGAACAUAAAUUAUUAGUCAACGCCUUCUCACGUCUAUGUAAACUAAGAGUAUUAAAAAUUAUAUUUCAACAUACUAAUAAUAAUGAAUACAUUCCUGUUAAUUUAAUAAAUUCAUUGAAAAGCAUUGCUGGUACAUUAACUGAACUGAGUCUAUCAUAUUGGGACAAAGAAAAUCUUUAUCAAAGCUUGAAAAUCCCAAAAACAUUCACUCGUGUUAUUCCUAAGCUGAAGGCUUUGAAAUCAAUUGAAAUGAAUGGCGUAACAAUGGAUAGUAGUAUAUCCAUUCUUCUGGAACAAUUUGGGGUAUUAGUCAUAAGUUACAAUAAUUCUUACCUUAACAAGAUUAAUCGCUGCGAAGAACUGUUUAAAAAUAUUGAGCACUUUGAUUUAUAUAAUUACGAAGUUACAGAUGAUUGUUUAUAUACUAUAGCCAAUUGCAUGAAUUUAAAAUCAUUGACGAUGAGGUGUGAACGGAUAACCGAUGCUGGUAUAGUAGCUAUUUCAAAGAUGAAUAAUUUAGAAAAUAUUCGCCUUCGCGGCUUUUGUCACGUCACUGAUUCUUCAAUUGGAUUACUCAAAAAUUUGAAAACUUCAUAUUUACCAUGGAGCAAUAAAAUUACUGACGUUUCAGUCACGAAAAUUCUUGAAAAUUCUCCAAAGAUAGAGGUCUUUUUCAUUGUAGAAUCACCACUUGUAACUCUUAAAUUUGUCAAAAAAGCAGCAGAAAUAGCAACAAAUCGAAAAACAGUAUUGCACUUAGGAAUUUCAUUCACACCUGGUAUAAAACAAUAUGAAUCGCGAUAUGUAGAUCUAACUCUAUUGUACCCAUAUUUAGAACUAACUAGCCCAUUCAAUUCAUCAAAUCGAAUUAUGUAUAUGUGGAGAAAUAUGAUUGAUAAUUGACAAUGAAUUUUAAAAUAAAAAUAAACAAA